AUGUCGUCGGGUCACAGCAGCCGAAGUAGUCGUGCUGCCCACAUAAGUUCGAUACUUCAAAAACUCCAAGGACGGUUUACCGACGCAAUGACUCCACCAAAAUUAUCAACAGAUAAACGUAUGCUCGACAAAACAUGGAAACUUAUGGACAAAGUUGUUAAAUUGUGUCAGCAUCAGCGAAUGAACUUAAAAAACUCACCACCGUUUAUCCUUGAUAUCCUUCCAGAUACCUAUCAGCGCUUGAGAUUAAUUUACAGUAAAUACGAGGAUCGUAUGUCCGUCUUGCACAGCAAUGAACAUUUUUGUGUAUUCAUAAAUAAUCUUAUGCGAAAGUGUAAACAGGCUAUCAAGUUAUUCAAAGAAGGCAAGGAAAAAAUGUUUGACGAGACAUCUCAUUAUCGUAGAAAUUUAACAAAACUCAGUCUCGUAUUCAGUCACAUGCUCUCUGAAUUGAAGGCCAUCUUCCCCAACGGCGUCUUCGCGGGUGAUCAGUUUCGCAUUACCAAGUCUGACGCCGCUGAAUUUUGGAGAGAGCGCUUCGGUAACAGUACUUUGGUCCCGUGGAAGGUUUUUAGACAUGAAUUAAAUCAAGUUCAUCCCAUAAGCUCGGGCCUGCAAGCGAUGGCAUUGAAAUCAACGAUCGACCUCACCUGCAAUGAUUACAUUUCAAAUUUUGAAUUCGACGUGUUCACAAGACUGUUUCAACCUUGGUCUACGUUGCUGCGUAACUGGAAAAUUUUGGCGGUCACGCAUCCUGGAUACGUAGCAUUUUUAACUUACGACGAAGUAAAAGCGCGCUUGCAAAAAUACUGCAUAACUAAACCAGGAAGUUAUGUCUUUCGAUUAAGCUGUACAAGAUUAGGACAGUGGGCUAUCGGUUACUUAUACCCAGACGGACGUCAUGUGAAUCCCGAUUUGACGUGGGCCGUUCAACCUACUCCGGAAGAGCACAUCAAAGUAACGGCUGAGCAAUAUGAACUUUAUUGUGAAAUGGGCAGUACAUUCCAAUUAUGUAAAAUUUGCGCUGAGCAUGACAAAGACGUCAGAAUAGAGCCCUGCGGUCAUCUUCUCUGCACGCCAUGUUUAACAGCUUGGCAGGAUUCCGAAGGCCAGGGGUGUCCUUUCUGCCGCGCAGAGAUAAAAGGAACUGAACAAAUAGUUGUGGAUCCUUUUGAUCCACGAAGAACACACCGACCCGGGGCUCAAUCAGCAUCUGUUAGUAACGCAUCAACUCCUACGCGGGAUCUUGACCCUGACACCGAGGAUAUUAUAGAGCUGUGUAACGGGAAUUGCGGGGGAUUAAUAUGCGACGACUCUGACGAAGAAGAAGAUUCAAGCCCGGCUAGCUCACCAGUACCUCCUCGAAGAAUAGUACCAAGUCCUCCUUUACCUCCUCGAAGACCAUCGCCGUCGCCAACUCCAAAUAAUCAUCCAAGAAACAGUAGCCGUCAUUUAACAGUACCUAAAGAAAAUGCACCUCCACCUCCUACUGUCACU